AUGAUUCUCUGUGCACUCUGCAAACGACCGUUUACAAGCGAGAUGUCUCUCCAACAACAUGUUAUAAACUUCCCAUCUCACAUUGAUCUAUCUUUUCUAUCUUCUUCAAGUCUCUGGAUGCCAACACUACUCACCCCCACUAUCAGUGGUACUACAGAGAUACAAACCCCGCCUUCAAGCAGUAGCUCAUCUUCCCACGAGGCAGAAUUUACUUGUCCUCUUUGCAACAAAUCAUUCCGCAACCAAAAGAUCCUAUCAGGACAUAUGCGAUUCUCACCGGUUCACAAAAAAGGAAUGCUAGUCCAAUGCAAACCCUGCAAGCGUACAUUCCGUACUCAGGGCGCUUUGGAUGAUCAUUUGAAAAACUCUCAAGCUCACCUCAUAACCCAUAAAUGCGAGCCGUGUAAUCGAACAUUCCAAACUCAAGAGGCAUUGAAUCAGCACCUCCGCGACGCUCCAGCACAUGCUCCAUCCACACCUCUGGAUUUCUUCUUUAGACGAUAUCCCUAUUUCCCAUAUGAUCCUAAGCUCUCGCCCUCCGAAUCAUGGAGAAGACUUAAGAGCCAUUUUGGCUGGAAGCGAACCGAACCUCAAACUGUCGAAGCUCGGAUGCUUUACCAUGAAGCCUUGGAAGAGGAGGUUCGGCUCUGGUUUGGAUCUGAAGACAAUAUUGAGUCCUGGCACUCUCUUUCUAGGGCUGUUGGGAUUGACCCUUUACCGGCUGAUUGCGAGGAAGGGAAAAAGGUUUAUAUUCUCUUUUCUUUCCCCCGCAGGUCUCGUUAG